AUGGAAGAAGGAAGCUCUGAAUCUUCGCUGGAUGAAGGGGAGGUCCAUGCCGCCACCCGCAUUCGUUCGAUAUCGGUGCAAACAGACGACGGUGCCCGGACACACACAGUGAUCUUGGAGGAGUACGAAGAGCUACACAAUGACGAUCGCAUGUUCGAGGCUCGACAUUUCGUUUUGGGAAAAGUGGCAGCCAAGCUUGCACAUUGGCGCCUUGAGGGCCACUGGACAAUGCAAUGCGCCUCUUUGUUCGCCGGUGGCUUCCUCACACAUUUAUAUGCUUAUUCUGGCCCUCGGGUUGGUGGAAACCUUGCCCAAGCAACUCUCAUCACACUCUGCGGCCACCUAGCACCGCCGCUCACCGCGCCCUUUGCCUUUGGGGCUUUCACAGGCGUUCUAUCCCCAACGCUUGCUCCCGCUUCGCACUGGCUUGCCCUUCUACUCCUUGUGGGCUGCAUUGUUUGGCUCUUGGUCUCCCACUUCAAGGUCUUUGUCGGAUUUGGAGGCCGUGUAGGCUUCACUGCAUUCUGCUCGUGCUACCUGGUGCAAGCCACGGUUCUCAUGCCGGUCGGUGCCGUCGAGUACAGCGCAGUGAACCUUUUGGCUGACAUGCUGCUUGACGGUGCGAAAGUGGACUCCGUGCGCGUCGUGUAUGAGCAGCGUGUGUGGCAAGAGGAUUUGAUUUCAGUCUUUGCACCGGUAUUUGGAGCCGUGACUGCCAAUUUUCUGCGUAGCUCUGGUGCCAGCCUUGAGAACCCAAUCACUGGUGCAACAUCCGGCUCACUCAUAGCGUUCUUGGUGCUGUCUGUAAGUGAUUGGAGCUAUGCAUCCGUUGCAAUGAAUGGCUUUGCAGUUGGAUCUUUCGUUGGCAUGGCCUCGUUCGAGUACCUCCCAACAACGUUAAGCUUCGCCUUAAGUGGCCUUUUGGCUGGCGGAUUUAUUCUCCUCUUGGAGCCCUACUGCGAGGGCUGGAGCGGAAAGCAAGGGCUUUGCGCAUUUCUUGGCUUUUCGGCCUUCGUUGCUGCAAAGAGGUCGCUGGAUGAUGCUUCUUCCCCUGAGCUCUGCUCAUGGGAGAAGGACAAUAUCCAGGCGAUCGUUGAGAAGACGCAGAUGGAUGCAUGGGAUGAAGAGGACAAGUCCCUGUUCUAUGACAAGACCUUCCCCCACAGGCAGAUUCCGUCCAUCGAUGGUCCGGGAGCCACAGCUACCGGCUUGGCUCAGCCAAUGUGGGUUCCAGCACGACGGCUCCACCGCGGUCAGUGGCGUUUGUUUGAUGGCAUUGAGCGCCGGCUGCACAUGAGGUUGUAUUUCUGA